AUGUUGGCGAGGACUUCUCCGGCCGGCUUUCGGUUACUCGAUGACACUAUGUUAUUCACGCCACUGAAACUUGGGGCCUUAAAUCUCGAACACCGUGUCAUGAUGGCCCCUCUAACCCGGAUGCGAGGCACGAAAGAGUCUGAAGGCGUUUACAUGCCUGGCGAUCUCAACGUCGAGUAUUACUCUCAACGAGCGAGUAAAGGAGGAUUCCAAUUGACUGAGGCAUGCCCGAUUAGCCGCCUGGCCUGUGGCUAUCCAGGGGUUCCUGGGAUUUUCACGCAGUCUCAGAUCGCUGGAUGGAAGCGAGUGACCGACGCCGUACAUGCCAAAGGCGGUUUUAUUUUCUGUCAACUCUGGCAUGUCGGCCGUGCCACAGUCCCCUCGUUGCUCAAUGGCCAUGAUUGUGUUAGUUCGAGCAACAUUCCGCUUGCGGGCAAAGCUUUGGACGGCUCCGAGUAUGCAGCCACUCCUCCUCGGCCGAUGACAGUCGAAGAGAUACGAGAAACCAUUGAAGAAUUUGCCGCUGCGGCCAAGAGGGCGAUAGAAGCAGGGUUUGAUGGCGUGGAAAUCCAUGGAGCAAACGGAUAUCUUCUAGACCAGUUCCUCCACGAUAAUGUCAACGUCAGAACCGACUCUUAUGGCGGAUCAAUUGAAAAUCGAGCCAAGUUCCCAUUAGAGGUGAUCAAGGUAGUGACAUCUGCAGUCGGAGCAGACAGGGUUGGAAUUCGAUUAUCCCCAUACAACUACUUUCAGGAUACGAGAGACUCGAAUCCCGACACACACUGGGCUUACCUCUGUCAGCAGAUUGCUGAGCUUCCCGAGACUAACCGUCCCGCGUACGUCCAUAUGGUGGAGCCCCGGUUUGACGAAGUUUUGGACGAGGCCGCAAAACUGACGGCUCUCGUUGACGGGUCGUCAACCGUCAAAGUGAAGGAUAAGAUGCCUUCGCUCGUCCCUUUCCAGAAGAUCCUUCAAAAAGGUGGGGUCAAGUUCAUAGCUGCUGGCAACUUCAACUCCGACAACGCUCUCCCCAAGCUAGAGGCAGAUGAAGCUGAUGCCAUCAUUUUCGGUCGGUGGUUUAUCUCCAAUCCCGACUUGCCUCUCAGAUUGGCAGAAGGCCUGCCGUUGAAUCCUUACGACCGUAGUACAUUUUACGGCGCCGACCCCCUGAGUAAGGGCUAUACAGAUUAUCCCUUUUUUUCAGCUGGCAAUAGUAGCCGCAUAAUCAUCCAAAGUUAG